AUGAAUCCCGGAGAGUUCCCCAACCCGGGCGCGGGGCCUGGCCGGCCAGCCCCGAACAACGCGAUGAGGAUGAAUGCAAACAUGCAGGUCCCAAAGAACGACAGUGUGCAAUCCAUGAUGACCUGGGUUGCGCAAAUGUUGCAAAACCAGGGACCAUAUGGAGGUUGGAAGUCAGAGGUUCUAAUCAAGACUCGGGCGACGAAUGUUUAUCAAAUGAUUACCUCCCUCCGUUUGAUCCAACCUCGCAUCGAUCUCCACCAGGCGGCCCAGGCGGCCAUGAGUUUCGAAUUAAAAGCAUUCACCAAAGCCAACGAGAUGAUUGAAUAUGAGAAGGAAUGCACCGAAAAGCUUCGUCACAUUCGAAACACCCGCGAGAGACAGGCCGCGGUCGCUUACCAAAGUGGAAUGAUGCCCCAGACGGGCGCUGGACAAAAUCAGAUCCCAGGCGCUUUUCCGCAGCACAUCAAUCAGAGCAUGCAGGCGUCCCCGGUCUCUGGCCAACAACAGAUGGCAAUGGGAAUGAAUGGGCAGAACCAGGCAGCCAUGCAGCAGCGACAGCAACAGCAGUCACAGGCGAUGCUCCAGCAGCAGCAACAACAGCAACAGCAGCAACAACGGCCUCAACAGCGCCCUGGCAAUGGUAUUCCCAUGGUCGAUGACCUCAGUACGCUUUCCGCCCAGGAUCUUGACCACGUCUCUCGACUCGCAAAUGAGAUGUUGAAUAAAACCAGCCCGGAAGAUAUGGAGAAAAUCAAGUUGAAUUUGUCGAACAUGACACCCGAGCAGCGGCAAUAUUUGGCACGGCAAAACCUUGAGCCAAUGACCUAUUUUUUCCGCUCUCAGGCACUCAACCAGAUCAGACGUCAUCGUCGCGCUCGUCUGGAAAUGGGGGGACGCGCGCCAAAUGCCGGGGUUGAUGCGAAUGGCAACAUGAUGGGCGAUCCCAUGAUGAAUUCUCAGCACCAGCGCCAAAUGCUUCAGAAUAUGCUAAACCUUCAACGCAACUCUGCAUUUCCUGGAAAUCCUGGCCAGACAAUAGAACCUCCGAACUUCAUUGGCAAUGUGGAAAACAUCCAAGGCCAGCAAGCAGAUGGCUUGCGCUCACAGGAGGCUGGUCAGCUAGUCGUUCCUGCAAGCUCUUCCCAAAUGAACCAGGCUCCAUUUCCGAACAAUAACAAUAAUAUGUUCCCACAGCAGAUGGGUCAGAAUGGCCAGGCGAAUAUGAACGCCAAUAAUCCAAACGCCCAGGCUCAGUUCCUUGCCCAGCAGCAUCUGCAGGGUGGGUCCAACACCCCCCAGGAUCGAAUGCAGUUCCAGGCACAACAGCGUGCACAGGCGGCCCAGAAGGCUCAGAUGGCGAUGUCAGCUCAUGGUGGCCAAGUGACCCCUCAAUCACAACCGCAACUAAACGGGCAGAGCCCCGUUAUGCCAAUGCUGAAUCAACCCAUGGCUCCGGGGCAAAUGUCUCCAGUCCAAGUGCCCGCUCAAGCCCGACCACCGUCCCGACUUGCGAAUAUGGGCCAGCAUCCGGCUGGCGUUGCAGGACAGGCUGGCAUGCAAGGUCCGCCCCAAAUCCCCUCCAACAUCCCGCCUCACAUUCAGGAACAACUUGCUCGCAUGCCCCCUGAACAGGCCCGGGCCUUUAUCAUGCAACAACGUCGUGCCGCUCUCAACAACAUGGCUCGAGCCAACCCCGGCCAGCAGCCACAACCCCAGCCAGGCCAGGCCCAAACAAUGAUGAAUAACCAGAUGGGUAACGCCAUCAUGAGAGGCUCUAUGAGUGCCCCACAGGAUUUGAACUCGGGCGGAAUACCCCAAGGCCAGCAAAUGUCUGUGCAGCAACGCCAAAAACGCCAGGGUGAGCUCUUCAAGCUCCAAUUGCUGCGGCAGCAGAACAACGGCGUGGAAAUGACCCCUGAGCAGGGCAAACAAAUGGACCGCGUGUCUUUCCCACCGUCUAUUCUGAACAUGAAUGGCACCUCGAUGCAAGUUCCUAGCAACGUCAAAUCGUGGGGCCAACUCAAGCAAUGGGCAAAUUCUAACCCUCAAAUCGCAAGCCCCAACGACCUCCCGCGCCUCAUGAUGCUACAGAAACUUCAUCUUGGUCAACUGAUUUCAGCCUCCACAAAUCAAGUCAGAGACCAAAAUGGCCAGGGUCCAGCGGCAACUCCAUUCCAGAGCACCCAAGCCCCAUUUAUGAACGCGCCAGGCUUCCCUCCUGGUCAACAACCCACUGCUGCCAAUAUGCAAGCAAUGCGGCAAAUUUCCGCCCAGGACAUCCAAAUGGCUCGUCAAAAGCUUGGACCCCAGGCCUCAAACUUGACUGACGAGCAAAUUCAAAAACUUCUGUACCAAAACCGCCAGAAGCAGAUGAUGCAGGCUGCACAGAACCGAGCAAUGCAACUUGAAGGAAAUGCGCAGCCUGGCCAGCUAAGUCAACCGGCGGCCCAACCUCCGGCUCCUGCAGCACAGCCUGUCUCGCAGAUCAAGUCGCAGCAUCCCCUGCCCCCGCAAUCGACCACUCAAGCGGCGAACGCAAAGACCCAAACCGGAACCACGGCGGUCAAAGGUGCUAAAGGUGCCACUGGGAAGCAGCCCUCAAAGAAGAGAACUAGUGCCGAUGAUACCACAGAAGGCCGGGCCACAGCUACACCGCAGAUGAGCCAGCCUGUGGCUGUCCCGGGGGCCCCGGGCACGGCCCCUCAACGGCCAGGUCUCCCCUUCACACAGGAGCAGCUUGCACAGAUGACUCCUCAGCAACGAGCCCAGGUUGAAGCACACAUGCGGAGGCAACAGUCCCAUAGUCGCGGUCAGGUACUCAGCAGAGCUGCCGCCGAGGAGGCGUGGAAUAGGAAUCUGCCACCACAGGUUAUGGAAGUCUAUAAUGACAUCGCCAAGAACGCUCCACCCGCGAAACCCAUGCCUGUCUCGCCAGAGCAGAAAGCCGCCAUGACCAAACAACUACGUGAAGCCUUGGAUGUUCUCGGUCGCUUGGAUGCCCUUGUACAAUGGUUUGCAAAGAUGCAAGGGCAGGAGAAGAAUGUGAAGAAUCUCCUCGCCAUGCGUAUCCAAUUGAUGAGACAGUUCAAGCCCUCGCAGGAUUGGGUUGUGAAUGAACAUUUCACAGUCACUCCAGAUUAUCUUAAUGGCGCCAUCCUUUUUAUGCGAAAGUUGUUCGCGGUGAUGAUUUCCCGCAUACAACAAGGUCAGCGCCCUAGCGUAUCCCAACCUCCUGGCUCCAACGCCCAAGCAAUGCAAGGCAACAUGCCAGCACUGAACGCAGCCAACCUGCAGCAUUUGCAGGCACAGGAAGAAGCUCUACAACGAGCCCGACGUGCCUCUAGCCAGUCUGUCGUAAAUGUUCCAGCUGCACCUUUCGCGGCUCCAUCUCCCAGGGGGGUCCCUCAGUAUGCCCCAGGCGGGCUUGCCCCAGAGAAUCUCAAACUGCCACCUCCCAAAAAACGGAAGCAGUCUCAUGGCGUGGCAUCAUCCCCGAUCCAAGCAACUGCAGCUCCUGGCGCUGCAGCAAAAUACAAUAAAGCGGUGGCGGAUGCCACAUCCAAUGCUGCAGCCAUGGCAGGUGCCUUCAAAUGCAGUGUGGCUGAGUGUCCACACCAUUACCAAGGAUUCCCUACACAAGCCGUCUUGGACAAACACGUCGAAGAAAGCCAUCAACCGGAGGAGGAAGAAAUAGUCGAGGAUUACUUGAAAUAUUACCAUGAAAGCAUCUCGAUGGGUCUUGGAUUGAAUCCCAAUGAUGAUCCCGAAGCCCCGCAGAUGGACACACUCGGUCCAGUGCCAUCUACCAAGAUCAGUGAAGCAGCUUCACCCGCGAAACAAAAUGUCGCCACCUCUCUGAUUGCCAACAACACUCCUAUGGCCAGGGUCAAUAGCCAAUUGGGAGCUAAGACCGCGUCUCCUGCUGCAUCAACCCAGCUGCUCACUCCGCAGUUGUCGUCCACCAAGGGACCGAAGCCUGCCGGUAAGGAUGGAAAGAAGGAUGUCGUCAAACUGGAGGAUAGCGACACGAAGGAUCCGUGGGCGGAGUGUCCCACCUGUCUUGACACAAUUCACGAUACCUUUUCAAACCUCGCGAGCAAGGAUCUGCCUCACCUGGGUUAUGAUUCGCUCGAGGAUUUCGACAUUAGUGAAGCCACUCCGGUGGAUGAUGAUUGGGCUGCCUUUGCCAGUCUGACUCCUCCAGAUGAGGCUGAGGAGGCUGCUUUCUUAGAGAAGUUUUAUGAGCCUUGGGACGACGAGUCUAUUGCAUUGGCUGCAGCGAGAAUUCGCAUCCCGCCUGAGAUCCAGGUCAAGGGCAAAGGGCCUAUGGGUCAACUUGAGGUUGAUUGGGAUGCUGUUGCGCGCUACGAGAGGGAAGGUAUCCCCAUUCACAAGAUGGCAAAUAAUGCCCUCAUUCCAUUCCUGGUCACGAUGAUGCUCGUGACCGGAGUAUGCAACACCAUUCUCAAUAAGUAUCAGGAUAUGCAAUGUGUGCGAAACUGCGAUUCUCCAGAUCCCAGUCAGCGGAAGCUAUUCGAGCAGCCGGUCAUUCAAACCCUGAAACACAGCGCCGUAAUGUUUAUCGGUGAAAUGGGCUGUUGGCUAGUUAUCGGCUUAACCUUCCUCUACCGCCAAUACAUCGCACCACGUCUAUCCAGUGACCCCUCACCCCUCCUAACUGGCGGAUAUCACCCGAUCAACGGCGACGACGAAGGCAUCGACGAAGAUGAUCAGACGGUUGAUGAACUGGAUGGCGACAGCAGACACCCUAAGCCCCUGCAUAAAGAUGAAGGCCGUAUCCCACUCCGUGGAUGGAAGAUCCUACUUCUUGCAGCGCCGUCGAGCUGCGAUAUCGCUGGCACAACCCUCAUGAAUGUGGGUCUCCUCUUUGUGGCAGCCAGUAUCUACCAGAUGACCCGGGGUGCGCUUGUCCUUUUCGUAGGCCUGUUCAGUGUCCUCUUCCUCCGCCGCCGGCUCCACUUAUACCAGUGGAGCGCCCUCUUCAUUGUCGUUCUAGGUGUGGCUAUUGUGGGUCUUUCUGGAGCUCUAUUCAGCGGUGAGCCGGGCCACGAUAUCAACCAGAAUAACGUCGCUCGCACCCCCGAGGCUGUCCAGGCUAUAAUUGGUGUGCUGCUUAUUGCUGCAGCGCAGAUCUUCACAGCCACACAGUUUGUGCUAGAGGAAUGGAUUCUGGAGAAUUACGCCAUGGAUCCGAUCCAGGUCGUGGGGUGGGAAGGCGUGUUCGGUUUUUUGGUUACUUCCGUCGGCAUCGUAAUCAUGUAUCUUAUUGUUGGACGCACCGAUGCCGGCCGAUAUGGCUACUUCGAUAUCAAGGAGGGAUUGCACCAGGUUUUCGAUAACCGUGCUGUCGCCAUAUCCAGCUUGUUUAUCAUGCUCAGUAUCGGUGGCUUUAACUUCUUCGGUCUGUCUGUCACCCGCACUGUAUCCGCUACCUCUCGUAGCACAAUCGACACCUGCCGCACGCUCUUCAUCUGGAUUGUUUCACUUGGACUCGGCUGGGAGACUUUCAAAUGGCUCCAAGUUGUCGGAUUCGCGCUUCUUGUCUAUGGAACUUUCUUGUUCAAUGACAUCGUCCGUCCUCCGCUCAAGGCUUGUUUGCCCCAUGACCGCAGAGAGGGAGAGGUGUUGCUCCCUGAAGGUCCCAUUGAGCACAUUUGA